GGUUCCCCGGCGUUCGCCUCCGCCAGCGCCCUGGCCUUCCCCAGGCCUCUGAGGAGCCGCCGAGACUCCCGGCCCGGCGGAGCAGGCAAAAAGAUUAUACAGAAAUCUUCCACUGAAUGAAAAAAAUUUUCUUAAAGUUGCAUAUACUCCAAGAAGACUCCCAAAUGUUUUCAUGUUUUGCCUGAAUACAAGAUUUAAACAAGAAAUUUCCACAGAAGCUCUGUGAGCCAUCACCAUGUUCUGGAAGUUCGACUUGAAUACCACCUCGCACGUUGACAAGCUGCUGGACAAGGAGAAUGUGACGCUGCAGGAGCUGAUGGAUGAGGAUGACCUCCUGCAGGAGUGCAAGGCGCAGAACCGGAAGCUGCUGGACUUCCUGUGCCGGCAACAGUGCAUGGAGGAGCUGGUGAGCCUCAUCACGCAGGACCCGCCCCUGGACAUGGAAGAGAAGGUCCGCUUCAAAUAUCCAAACACAGCCUGUGAGCUUCUGACCUCGGAUGUGCCACAGAUCAACGACAAGCUGGGAGGGGAUGAGACUUUGCUGAACCUCCUGUAUGACUUCCUGGACCACGAGCCUCCCCUCAACCCUCUCCUCGCCAGCUUUUUCAGCAAGACCAUCGGCAACCUCAUCGCAAGAAAAACUGAGCAAGUGAUUGCAUUUCUGAAGAAGAAGGAUGGGUUCAUUGGCUCCGUGCUGCGGCACCUUGGCACCUCGGCCAUGAUGGACCUGCUGCUGCGCCUGGUCAGCUGCGUGGAGCCGGCCGGCCUCCGGCAGGAGGUCCUACACUGGCUUAAUGAAGAGAAGAUAAUUGAGAGACUCGUGGGGCUGAUCCACCCGGGUCAGGAGGAGGAUAGGCAGUCCAAUGCAUCUCAGACACUCUGUGACAUCGUCCGGCUGGGCAGAGACCAGAGUGGUCAGCUGCAGGAGACGGCAGAGCCCGACCCCCUCCUUGCGGUCCUGGAGUCGCAGGGCUGCGUGGAGCAGCUGCUCGGGAACAUGUUCGACGGGGAUCAGACCGAGAGCUGCCUGGUGCACGGCACGCAGGUCCUGCUGACUCUGCUGGAGGCACGACGUGCCGGGACAGACGGUGGCUCGGUGGACUCCUUCUCUCAGGGACCUGAGCGGCCGCACAGCGUCAGCAGCAGCGUACUGCAGGGCAUCGAGCCGCGGCUGAGGGACUUCCACCGCCUGCUGCUCAGCCCACCGAAGAAAAGCGCGAUCCUCACCACCAUCGGCGUGCUGGAGGAGCCACUGGGGAACGCCCGCCUGCACGGUGCCCGCCUCGUGGCUGCGCUGCUGCACACGAACACGCCCAGUGUCAACCGGGAGCUCUGCCGGCUCAACACCAUGGACCUGCUGCUGGACUUGUUUUUCAAGUACACCUGGAAUAACUUCUUGCACUUCCAAGUGGAACUGUGCAUAGCGGCCAUCCUUUCCCAUGCCGCCCGGGAAGACAGAGCAGACGCCGGCGAGCCUGUGAGCCAGGCGGAGCCAGCACCCGGGAACGGGACCCCCAAGGACCCCCAGCCUGCAGCCGGCCGCCCUGAAGACACACUGGUGACCCACCUGUUUCAGAAGUGCUGCCUGGUACAGAGGAUCCUGGAGGCCUGGGAAGCCAACGACCACACACAGGCAGCGGGCGGCAUGCGGCGUGGAAACAUGGGCCACCUCACACGGAUUGCCAACGCGGUGGUGCAGAACCUGGAGCGGGGCCCCGUGCAGACCCACAUCAGCGAGGUCAUCCGAGGGCUCCCUGAGGACUGCCGGGGGCGCUGGGAGAGCUUUGUGGAGGAGACCCUGACGGAGACCAACCACAGGAACGCUGUGGACCUGGUGAGCACGCACCACCUGCACUCCUCCAGCGAGGAUGAGGACAUCGACAGCGCCUUCCCCAGCGAGCUUUCCCUCCAGCAGGCCUUCUCGGAGUACCAGAUCCAGCAGAUGACAGCUAGUUUUGUGGAUCAGUUUGGCUUCAAUGACGAAGAGUUUGCAGACCAGGACGACAACAUCAAUGCACCGUUCGACAGGGUGGUGGAGAUAAGCUUCAGCACCGACGCAGAUGAUGACAGCCCACACGCAGCGCUGUUUGAAGCCUGCUGCAGCGAGCGCAUCCAGCCCUUUGAUGACGAGGACGAAGACGAUGACAUCUGGGAGGACGGCGAGCCGAGCCAGUCAGCCCGGGUGACGGCCAGAGCCAGGUUUGGAGCCCCCCGUGCCGCAGAGAGUGGCUCACAGAGCGGCCUAGAGUGUGGCGGUCACAGUGGGAGCGUGGAUGCAGAUGCUUCCCGGAGGGCCACUCUUGCAGCUGGGGGCAGCCGCAGCUCCGGACCCCUGGCCUCUGUCCAGAAAGAAGGCCCUGGCGUGGAGGGCAAUGCAGAAGGUGCUGGGUGGGCCGCGAUGUUUGAUGAGCCUGUGAGUGCAGCUCUGCAGGCCCCUGGCGUUGCUCUGGACGUCGGCUCCAGUGUCUGGGCAGUCAGCAUGCCUGGUGCCUCCGCACCAGAGGAAAAGGGCUGGGCCAAGUUCACCGACUUCCAGCCUUUCUGCUGCUCUGAUUCGGGCCCCCGGUGUAGCUCCCCGGUGGAUACAGACGGUGGUGAUGUCCAGGGCGGCCCAAACCAGUGUCCAGAGAAAACCCGUAAGGCCUCUUUUCUUGCAGCCAGCCCAACCCACCCGAGUGCCUGGAACACGUGUGUCCCCAGGAAAGCACCUCCCAUAGCCUCUGGUGGCAGCUGCUCUGAGACCUUGGACAGAGAGGACAUUGAGCAGAACACAGGUAGCAUCCGGGAGGGUGUUGGCUCAGACUUCAGCCAGGAGACUCCCCCACGGGCCACGGAGGCUGUCACUCGAAGGGCCGACCACACGCCCAGCAUGCCACUGGACUCUGCACCCUGGGGCCCUGCAGCCCACUCCAUUACUGCAGAUGCGACCAGCACAGCACUGAACGAGGCCGGGUCCCCCAAGGCUGCUCUGGUCACCUCCACCGCACUGGCCGUGGUGGCCCCCCCAGGGCCCAUCGUGGCAGUCACCACAGUGGCCCCCCUGGGGACAAAGGACAGGAAGACAGACGCGCCACCGUCAGUAGGAGCCACCGCGAAUGGCCCUUUGUGACGCUGCUGCCACCAGGCCCCACUGCCACCCGGCAAGUACACUAGCUGGUGACGCAACUUCUCUUUUUAAGUUAAUUUAAUUUUGAAAUAAAUGCUGCAUUGGUGGAGCUGGCAGUGGGAACCGUCCAACGCCCAGCUUGCGUCCCUCCUGCCGCGGCCCAGCACGGCCUGCCUUUGUGGCGGCUCCGCCUGCACAGCAAUAAAGCCCACUGCCAGGCUCUGCCUGUGGGACUGGGAGCCGCCGGGCACUGGGAGGCCAGGAGCCGCCGGGCACUGGGAGGCCAGGAGCCGCCGGGCAAGGCCACACGUGCCAGGGCCCAGGACUUGAUGGAUGUGGCGGAUGUGGCUGCCGCCCGGGGCUCCAUUUUUACCAUUUUUUUAAUGAAUGCAGGAAGAGCCACAUCUUUGCACUUGGUUGUCCCGUGGCAGCGGGCAGCCGGUCCCCUCGGUCAGGGCCUCCUCCCACCUGGGGGGGGGGCGGUGUGCCUGGGAUGGGGCGACCCCCAAAUGCACUUGGGCACCAAGGUGUCUGUCAGGACGCGAACCUGGGCUCUGGGAUUUGACUGCCUUAAACCCACCCUCGCAGCCUGGUGGAGUGGCCGAGCCAGGAGGGUGCACAGGAGGGGCUGGCGCGGCAGGCAGGGCCAAGGGCUGGGACUACGCCGCAGCGCUGCGUGGGGGUCCACUCUGGGGGCCGAGGUUCUGCGCUUACGUUGUGUUCACUUGACUGACAGGCCUCUAGCCCCGACUCCAAUAAACAGCUGUGUCAUUCUUACUGCGCAAACCCGUUUACUGGUGGGUUGGGGACCCAGGCCUGGGGGGUUCGCGCCUCUGCCUCCAGCACCUUUUUGCCCCGCCCCCACCACGCUGGUCCCCUAGGAGGGGCAGGAGUUUUUGUGCUGUGCCAGGUCUUGGGCCAGGACAGACCCAACCAAGUCCCCCAACUUUCCCCCAGGGUCUUCUCCCCCAAGCCCCAUCUUACCCCAAGU